UAUAAAAAGUGCGCUAUAAUAAUACAACUUUAAGAAAUUUUUUUUUUUAUUUGUUGAGAAGGAUCUUGUAGAAAGUUACGCGUCAUCAUUAUCAAGAGCACUGAUGAAGUUUAUCGGAUUUUAAGAAAAUUGUUACUUUUAUUUCGAUUAAAUUUUAAUUAAAUAAAUUCAGUUUAAAAAUGGCGGGUAUUUAAAAUUCGAAAAGAUAACCUAGAAAUUUUAAUUUAAUGGCUUCUCUUGUGGCUUUUUAAUGAAGAGACAGCUUGAUUAUGUAGAAGAAAAUUAAAUCUGAUAAACUAAAUUUCGAAUUAAUAUUUGUGAUUUUUAAUUUACGAUAACUUUUAUCAAUUACGCGGACAUUGAAAACUUCAAAAUAGUAAAAAUUCUAUUUCUAUGGUUUCUUUUUCUUAAAACUUUUUAAUGAAGAGACUCAGCUGGAUGCCGUAAAAAGUAUGUCUGUCUAUACUUCGCUCUGGUUCUUUGUACUUUUCAUCCCUUAUACCAGGAAUCAGCGAGUAAGAUUGAGAGACACGCGUGCGCGAAUCUACAAGGUAUACAUUGGUAUAUGUCCAUAUGUAUAUAGAACUCACCUAUCUACAAACUCUGAACCCUCUGUAUUUUCAACCCCCAAUGAGAAGGAAAAAAGACAGAAACUAAAACCGAGAGAAAGAGAGAGAGGGCUUGGAAAAGAGAUUACCCUGUUUAGAAGUGUAAAAGAAAAUCUUUCAAUUAUCGGUAUAUGUUUUGGUGAACAGACGUCAUAUGAAGUGCAAUUAAAUAAAUUAGUCGUAUAUAAUGAACAUUACGAGGAUUUUUAUGUCAUUAUGGCAACGUCUACGGUAACGAGAUACCAUCAGGGUAAUGAACGAUCAUCCCGUCCAUGUAAUACACGUCCAAAUGUGGUACAAUCGUCCUUGACCACCACAUGCCCACCAAGCAGUUUUCCCGACAAAUUUCAAGAUUUUUUUGCUACACUUAACGAGGACACUGAUGAUUUAUCUAACAUGUUGGAAGACAAACUUAUCCCCAGAAAGACGGAUAAUACCGAGACAAAAGGUAACAGUAGACGAUGGACAAAACGUACAUUUCAACGCCGCAGUAGUGAAAUAGAGGUACGGCUACACCGAACCUCGGUUUCCACUAAUGGACAAUCAGACAGAAUGGGUAUUGAAACUGGUCCUAAGUCACCAACUCCUUCACGAAGACGAAGCUCUAGUAUUGCCGUUGCCCGACCUACACCUGAUUUACACAGAUUUCUGCAGACAGAAGCUGGUCCCUGGGGCCAUUUAUCACCGUCACCACGUAGUCCGACACGUCCGACAAGUGCACUAAGUCCUGGUGGUACGUCAUCGACAUCUCAACAUCUCAGUCCAAGUCCUACAAGUCCCGCUGGGCCGGGAACGAUUUCACGAACUCAACGAACUGAUCGACAGCAGCAUCGUGGGAGGACAAGUAGCAUGCCAGCAGUUCCACGACAUCGGCCUAUGCUAGCGGAAACUAAACGAAGUGGAAUAACCGGAUGUGAAGACGGUGAAACUGAAGAUGGGGUCGAGUACUAUCGACUAAGAUCCUUCUCUAUAACAGCGAAUGGUGUGUUCAAUCUUGGAGACUCGCUUAAAAGCCGUCGUAGUCGUAGUAUCAACAGCGUCACGUCCUCUGGAACGAGCUGCAGCAGUACCAGAGAUGCGCGCCUACUCAGCUCUGCAUCGCAGCACUCUUGUAUUGAGAGCGAAGAUGCUGAGAACUCAGGACAAGUGGCCACUUACAAAGUAGGAAUGCUUGGCGCCGCAGGAGUUGGCAAGACAGCACUCACGGCGCAAUUCACUACCAGCGAAUACAUUUGCGCCUACGACGCUUCUUUAGACGACGAAUACGGACAAAAAAGCGUAUCAGUGAUGAUUGAUGGUCAAGAAGCUGAGCUAGAGAUUGUUGAUCAUCCAGCAUCAGAAAUGGCAGUUGAAAGCUUUUGCGCAACAUACAACCCCGAUGUUUAUGUCGUCGUGUACUCAGUAGUAGAUCGACCGAGCUUCAAAGUAGCUGAAGAAAUUCUUCAUUAUUUGUGGGAAAGUGACUACAUGGCUACCCACGGUGUUAUUCUUGUCGGUAACAAGGUCGACCUCGAAAGGAAACGUGAAGUGACAACUCUUGUAGGGAGAAGACUUGCCAAUAGCUGCGGUUGCAAGUUUAUCGAAACGUCUUCCGGGCUCGCUCAUCAUGUCGAUGAGUUACUUGUUGGAAUAUUGGCUCAAAUAAAAUUGAAUCCACAGCGGGAUAGAGAUCAAGUUACUAGACGCAGAAGAAGUAAACAUCGUAGAAGAAUUCUCAAACAUUUAUUAGGCUUCAAAAGAAAAACUAAAAGUUGCGAAAAUUUGUUUACGUUAUGAUUUUUUUUACUCUAGUAUUUUAUCAUUUUUUUUUUUAUUACCAUUUUCAUUUUUUGCUGAUGUAGUCGCAGUCAUUAUUAUCACACUUAUUGAUUUAUUUAUUUUUUAUUUUUGGAUGAAAGUGAUGAGAUUAAAAAAAAAUUACUUUUUUUUUUUAUCGUAAUUAUAUUGAGUGAGUGAA